CAUAGGAUUUAUGAAAUUGUUAGUCAAGGUUUUUAUGAGCUACGUAUAGACAUGUCUGACUUUUCGGGCCAGUCUCGUUAUGCCAUCUAUAGACGUUUUUCUAUUGGAGACGAAAGUCAAGGUUACAAGCUAACGCUAGAGGACUACAUAGGAACAGCAGGUGAUUCGUUGACAGGGCACAACGGUGUUCAAUUUUACACAAAAGAUCAUGAUUCAAACAAUUGCGCCAGCAGAUUCAAAGGCGGUUGGUGGUACCAUAAUUGUCACCAGGCCAACUUGAAUGGAAUAUAUCUUCGAGGGACACACUCUUCAUUCGCUGAUGGGAUUGAGUGGUUAUCCUGGCAUGGUUACAACUACUCACUGAAAUUUACUGAGAUGAAAAUCAGAAGACUCUAAAACAUAAAUUUUAUGUUGAAAUAAAUCCCAAUUUAUAUUCAAACUUUAAUUUGCAAUUAAACAAUGA